AGGGCGCAGGCGCGCCCAGGAGCGACGGGGCGUUGCUGGGAAACAUCUGCCGACGCCUGCGGACCGGCCGACAUGGCGGCGGCGGCGGCGGCGGCGGCGGUGGCGGCGCUGGCGCGGCUCGCGGCGGCCUUCCUGCUCCUCGCGGCCCAGGUGGCCUGUGAGUACGGCAUGGUGCACGUGGUCUCCGAGUCAGGGGGCCCCAGAGGCAAGGACUACUGCAUUCUCUACAACCCACAGUGGGCCCACCUGCCCCACGACCUGAGCAAAGCGUCCCUCCUGCAGCUGCGGGACUGGACGGCCUCUGUGCUCUGCUCUCCGCCUGACCUCCCGGCCAAAGGCUUCAGCAACCAGAUCCCGCUGGUGGCGCGGGGAAACUGCACCUUCUACGAGAAAGUGCGGCUGGCCCAGGGCGGCGGGGCGCGUGGACUGCUCAUCGUCAGCAGGGAGACGCUGGUCCCUCCAGGAGGCAACAAGACACAGUACGAGGAGAUCGGCAUUCCCGUGGCCCUGCUCAGCUACAAAGACAUGCUGGACAUUUUCAAGAGUUUUGGCCGAUCGGCGAGGGCAGCGCUGUAUGCCCCCAACGAGCCCAUGCUUGACUACAACAUGGUCAUCAUCUUCGUCAUGGCCGUCGGCACCGUCGCCCUCGGGGGCUACUGGGCCGGGAGCCGGGACGUGAGGAAAAGGUACAUGAAACACAAGCGGGAUGACGGGCCCGAGAAGCAGGAGGACGAGGCCGUGGACGUGACGCCCGUCAUGAUCUGUGUCUUCGUGGUCAUGUGCUGCUCCAUGCUGGUGUUGCUGUACUACUUCUACGACCAGCUCGUCUAUGUGAUCAUAGGGAUCUUCUGCCUGUCCUCCUCCACGGGCCUCUACAGCUGCCUGUCUCCACUGGUCCAGAGGCUGCCGUUUGGCAGAUGUCGGGUCCCCGACAACAGCCUGCCCUACUUUCACAAGCGGCCUCGGGUCAGCAUGCUGCUCCUGGCGCUGCUCUGCUUGGCCGUCAGCGUGGUGUGGGGUGUCUUCCGGAACGAGGACCAGUGGGCCUGGAUCCUUCAGGACGCACUGGGCGUCGCCUUCUGCCUCUACAUGUUGAAAACCAUCCGCCUCCCCACUUUCAAGGCCUGCACGCUGCUGCUGCUGGUGCUCUUUGUCUACGACGUCUUCUUUGUGUUCAUCACGCCCUUUCUGACCAAGAGUGGGAACAGCAUCAUGGUGGAGGUGGCAACCGGGCCCUCGGACUCGGCCACCCACGAGAAGCUCCCCAUGGUCCUGAAGGUGCCCCGACUGAACGCCUCGCCGCUGGCCCUGUGUGACCGGCCCUUCUCCCUCCUGGGCUUCGGGGACAUCCUGGUGCCAGGGCUGCUCGUGGCCUACUGCCACAGGUUCGACAUCCAGGUGCAGUCGUCCAGGGUCUACUUUGUAGCCUGCACCGUGGCCUACGGGAUCGGCCUCCUGGUGACGUUCAUGGCGCUGGCCCUCAUGCAGCGCGGCCAGCCCGCCCUCCUCUACCUGGUGCCCUGCACGCUGAUGAUAAGCUGCGCCCUGGCGCUCUGGCGCAGGGAGCUGGGCAUGUUCUGGACGGGCAGCGGCUUUGCGAAGGACCUACCUCAGUCUCCUUGGGCGGCGUCUUCAGCCGACGGCCCCCAGCCCCAGAUGGACUCAGACACUGGCCUCUCCCAGCCGCCUCCAGGCGAAGGACUGGCCAAGUGCUCCCUGCCCACGAAGCAGCCCCCGGCAUUGUCUGCGCCCGAGGAGACCGGGGCCAGAGCACCCCCCCAGGAGCCCACGAGCCCAGCCAGCCGCACCCCUGAACCCACAGGCCCGGUAGGCACCUCGGCCUAGAUGAUGGCGCAGACUCUCGGGCCCUCGCUGCUGCCCCUCUGCGCCGAGAGACCCCGAGACUGGACGUGCUCGGCCCUCCCCCCCCAACUUGGUGCUCUGGUCUGGCCGAUGUCCCCGCUCUUCCUCCUCCUUGAGCAGAGCCCAGCUGCACCCUGGACCCUCUCCAGCUCCUGCUCCCAGCUCGAGUGGCUGCCGUGAGCCCCCGGACCGACGAGGUCACCCGUGUGGAGCGCCCAGCUCCACGGUCUUGCCUGUCAACUCGGUGGUUCCUUGGAAAGGGCAGGAAGUGCCGCCUCCGACCGCCCACGGCUGCAGAUCCGCCCACAUCUGGUGCUUACCUUGCCGCCACUUCCCUCAGGUUCUCUCCUGUGCCGCGCCUGCGCGUCCCCAGGGACGCUGGCCAGCAGAGCCCAGUCCGGCACCUGGGCCCUGGAUGUCUGGACUCAGGAUGCGGGCCCGGCUGGCCGGGUCGGACCUGCCUCUGUGUCGGCAGGGACUGAAAGCGGCGCCCGGCGUGACGGGCCACCCCUCUCGGGCCCGCCUGGCUCUUCCAGCAGCCAGGGCCGCCCAUGCCUGCGCUCCAGCUUCUCCGCCUCUUAAUAAACGGCCAUGACUCGUUGAGCUCCGUAGUGUCACCUCUUGGGUGUGAGUCUCUCGGACCACCCUUGUUGGGGCGGGUGGGUGCCAGGCCGCACCCUCCACGGCGGCUGUGUCUUCUGUGUGGGCUCCGUUUGGUCUUUCAGCUUAGAGGGACUGGGGAGGGGGGCACCGUCCUCUCGGCAUCUGCACAUUCUCAACCCCACCCCAGACCGGCCUCUAGCGACACCACCGGCCGGGCGAGCAUACUUUUUAUUUAAACCGCCCAGGAGUUUCUGCAACGUGGAGAGUAUUCUGGAAUCGGCAUUUUGUCUUCUACCUCACCGACAGGGUUCUCCGAACGUCAGGACAGAAAUGCCGCGGUGCAGCGGCCCCCGUGCCAGGGCCGUGCCCGUCCACGCAGCUUACAGACUCAAGUUCAGAAAGACAUAGACCCUCCAGCCGCACGGUCCCAGCUCUGUCCCCGACGUGUCUGCUGAUCAGUUGUAGACAGCAGGCGGGGGGUCAACCAUGAUCCAUUCCAGAAAAUACCAGCACCAGACAGACUCACAGCCUUUGUCAGCCAUGCUUCUCUAGAAGAAAUGGUUAUUCCAAAAAAAAAAAAAAAAAAAAAAAAAACCAGACGUUUUCCACCUGUUUCUGUGUGUCUCUUAAAAAAACAGGUGACCUGGGAGGGAGACCAGCUGGACCUGCCGACCCCAGAGAGCCCCUGACUCGGAGGCCGGAGCUGGGGUGCAGCCCUGGGCGGCCGGGGUGCCAGGCCUGAGUGGCCCCCUUUGCACAUCGGCCCACACCUUACUCUAAGCCAUUUUGUACGUCGGUGUAGGAGCCGGGAUCUCUCUCUGUCUUCUGUGUUUGACAAACAUCAAGGAAUUCAAGGCGGCUGUUAGUUCCUGAAGUUUCCAUUUGCAGUUUUUGCCUUCUGUAUUUUUGGAGGGAAACAGAGCAUGAGUGGGGGAGGGACAGAGAGAGACAGAGACAGAAUCCUAAGCACACUCCACUCCAGGCUCUGAGCUGUCGGCACAGAGCCCACCGCGGGGCUGGAACCCAGGAGCCGCGAGAUCAUGACCAGAGUUGGGCGUUCAACCGACUGAGCCCCCCCAGGCGCCCUGACACAGCUUUUGAUAGUUGUUGCUUGGCUCUCAUGUUUUCCACAGUGUGGCAGCUGGCAGAGCCCGGCCCGGCAGGAUCAGAGUGGCCUGGUCCGCGAGGAUGGCCACACCGCCCCGGGGAGCGCGUCCACACCGCCCACUGGAGCCGAGCGGGGCUGCUGUCCUAUUUCCUGGCACUGGAGAGUCGAAGGAAGCCCAGUCAGCGCUCAGUCCACCCCGUGUUCCGGGCCAUCGCUUGUCCGUGGUGAUCUAAGCAGCGUGGCGGGGAUCCGCACCCCGCGGACUUUGUGAAGAGCCAGCCGGCGUGUUUGGGGUCUUCCAGGCCACCCAGUCCCUGCCACAACUCAGCCCUGCUGCCAUAACCCAAGUGUCACAGCACGUGGCGGGCAGGCGUGCCCGUGGCCAGGGCGCUGACGGACACAGAGAUGUGCCUUCCGAGUGGUGUUCAGAGGUCACGUGAUGGCCUCCUUUUGGUAUUUUUCAACUAGUCAACACAGUGAAGCCCUUUCUUUGCCAGCAUCUUCCAAGGGCGGCGGGCCCACCCCCGGCUGUGCCGCCCACGGUGUGAGCGGUGCCUCUGCUCUGCUGCAGAGAGAGAAGGCGAGGCUCCCGAGGCCGGUCCACUUGGCUGCGCGGGGCUGGCGGAGACGCAGCAGAGACGUGUCGCUCCUCUGAGAUGGUCCCGACACCGGGUGCUCAGUGGUCUCGGCCAGGCCGCGGGGGCCGGGGGCCCAGCGUCCUUCGUGAGGGCAGGGAGGGCCCCACGCGCAGAGCUGCGGGUGGGCGCAGGGGGGACAGUGCUCCUGCCCUGUGGCGGGGCUCGGCUCGGUGCUGGGGUGCGGGCUCUGUAGUUGGCUCGGGGCCGUGAGGACAGCAGUGUUCUUCCACUAAAGCCCCAGAGCUUAUUUGGUUUCCACGACUCAUUCAUUCCAUCAGCCUUCAUUGAGCACCUGCUGUGUGCCAGGCCCCCGACUCCACCGGGGAUUCACGUGCGAGGCUCAGACCCCACUCUGCCCCAGGUGGCUGACCCUGGAGAGGAGGGACAGGACACGAGUCCACACCUGUCUUUGUCUUUGGGAAGGGAACUUGGAGGAGACAGGUGAGGCCUGUAGUGGGGAGAUCAGCAUGGCUGCUGGGAGGGCAGGAGAGGGGCAGGGGUCUCUUGGCCCCAUGGGGAAGGCAUGGCCGGUGUCACCAGAAGGUGAGGGGGCAGGAGUCCUAGAAAGGGCAUAGUGGCACCUGUCCUGGUGGGGGGAGGGGAGGGAGACCCCUCCCCCCGCAGCUGUCGUAGCAGCAGUGGGAAGAGCCCAGGUCUGCAGUCUUGGCUUACAUGCUGGAGGAGUGACCUCGGUCAUGCCCCUAUGCUCCCUCUGGGGCUGUAGCUGCUGCUUCUGCCAGUGGUGUGACGGCUGCUUCUCCAGGGCCUCCCUGCAUGUGCUCAGGAAACGGGACCAUGCUGCAGGCAGCCGGGACCCGGAGGAUUGCUCUCCCGCUAGCACCAUGCUUGGCUCCCCAUGGCUUAUGGCGUUUCCCACAAAAGUCAGUCGCCACUUAGGACAUGAAAGACGAUGCCACCAAUGGUAGUAAGACAGCUGGUCCCUGGAGACAAUUCAGAAAAUAUCCCCUGAGCGUCCUGAGCAGAGACGAAGAUGUGUUCCCCCAGGGCCGGUGAGGGAGAAGUAAGCGGGUGGGGAGGCCGGGGUCCCAGCGGGGCUGUGGCAAGCGUGUCAAAACUGAGGCCAGGCCCCUGCCCCAGCCUGGCCACGACAAACGCCGCCCCCACCCCUAGUCCUGACCAGCCCUUUCCCGACUACCCACGGCUUCAGAAUCGAGGGGCCUGAGAAAGUGCCUCAGCCUGGGGGACCUGGGCCAGAAUCUGAAUAAAGUGCGGUUGUUCGCUAACUAA